AUGUCUUCAGACUUUGAAGAGUCAUGGUCAAUCCAUACUAUCAUUCGGACUUUACAACAAAUCUCAGCUCAUCUCAUGGAUGUAUUGAAAUUUUUGGAUGCCACCAAGAAGCAAUGUCUGCGUACGUUCCAAUGCCACACUGGCUCGAUGAAUGUUAGCAACUUCUCCCAUAAAUCUCGGCAAAUCAUAUCUGCUUCAAGUGAUUAUACUAUUACAAUCUGGGAUUUCUACAGUGGAAAUUGUUCGCACGCCCUUUAUACGGAUUAG